AUGCCGUCCAAAGUUGUUCUUCUCUCUGCCAUUGUGGCCUGUGGCUCCGCAGCAUUGCUUUCCGACCAGAGGAACCAGCCUGUCGACAACGCCGUGAAGGUGAUUCUUGGGGUUCCAGAGUCCAGCAGCCAGAUUCGAAGCCCUCUUCCCAUGCAAAACAUCCUAGCCUUUCCAAACCUGCCCGCUGAGCUCCGGAAGAGGGCAACAAAUACGGACAAAGGGUGCUUCACCGUCAUGGGUGACACUUGCGAAGACCCAUUCGGCUUCUUUGCCUGCGCUGCGGAUGCAAAUUCUGGGGAGUGUAUCCUUAGCGCACGGUGCACGAUCAACUUUGAAGAUUGCCUGUCUGAGGAAGCCUCACUGCAGUCUCGCCAGGAUGGUGGCGGUUCACCCUUUGAUCCCGAGCUCAAUCUCCGAUCUUCAGACGAGACCGAUUCUUCCGUUAAACCUGAGCCGGUAGAGCGUGGCGAGAUCCGCUCAAAUGCUGUUGAUAAAAAUCAUCUCGAGGCUCGAGAAGACGUAAGGAUUAGCGACGAGAUCCAGGCUGCAGUGCCAGCUGAAGUCAAGGACGCUAUGCUCAACGAUGCCAAUGCUGCCGAGUCGCUAGCCAAUGAAUUCACUGGCGGGUCUGUGCCGCAGUGGUUCGCCCGACUCCCUGCCAGCGUCACCAAUUACUAUGUAACAAUUACGCCUCCGCCCACCAUGAUCGCCUAUGCUCUGCGGGACGCAACAAUUGAUCCAGAAAGACAAAGAGUUGAGAACUGGAUAGCAUCUAUCCAGAGUUACAAGGAACUCAUCGCUUCAGUCUCUCGGGCGGCUUCGUCAGAAUCAGACUCGGCUAGAAGAUUGUCAAAGGCAGCGUCGGAAAAGUCCAAGUGGGCAAGCGAAGAGAGGGAUGGGCUGUUGCAAACCAGCGCGUGGGAGCAAUCAAGGCUGGCUUUGUCAAUGUCGAGUCAUGCUGCGGUUGAAUCCAGCUAUGCCGCCUCGGCUUCUCGCACUGUUUACGAUAGAAAGGCCGAAGAUGGAGAAGGGAACGGUGCAUACAUCGGGGACGCGAGACUGGCACUAGGAUCGAGCAUCGUUGGGGCAGUGGUGUGCCUUGGUUUGGCGUUUGGGCUGUAG